AUGCGUGACUGCGAUGGCCGCGGCGACCCCGCCGCCGCCGACGACCAGAGUCCGCAACAGCUGGUAGAGGCGGCGGGCGCUGGCGACGCCGCCACGGUGCGGCGGCUGCUGGCGGCAGGCGCCGCGGCCAACGGCCCAGCUCAGGGAGCGCCGCCCCGCGGGUGGACGCCGCUGCACGCCGCCGCGGCCUCGGGCGCGGCCGGGUGCAUCCAGAUCCUGCUGGAGGCUGGCGCGAGCGCCCGCGCGAUGGCGCCGGAGGACCGCGCGAGCCCCGCGCAUGUGGCCGCGCGGCGGGGCGACGCCGCCUCGCUCGGCGCGCUUCUGGCCGCCACCGGCCCCGGGGGCCCGGCCACCUGGGCGCGCGAUGGCGCGCAGCAGACCGUGCUGCACCUGGCGGCCUGCUCCGGGAGCGCCGAGUGCACGCGCGCGGCCCUGGCGCGCGCCAGGGGGCAGAGCGCGAAGGGGGGUGGGCUGGAGGCCCGCGACGCCUCGGGCUCCACGGCGCUGCAGCGGGCGGCCGCGGCCGGCCACGCGGCGGCGGCGGCGCUGCUGCUGGAGGCGGGCGCGCGCGCCGCCGGCGUGCCGGCGGCCCUGCUCCCGCCGCCGCGCCUCGGGCCGCGCAGCAGGGCCCCCGCACAGCCCCUGGCCGCGAGGAAGGUGCCCCAGCCCGCCGAGCUCAUCGGGGAGCUGGUGGAGGGCCUCCCCGCCCCGCGCGCCGAGGCCACCGGGGCGCAGCUGCGCGCGCUGGCCCGGCUGCGCGACUUCUGCUGCGGCGAGCGCGCGCACCGCGAGGCCGCGCUGGCCGCGGGCGCCGCGGCCAGGCUGGUGGCCCUCCUGUGCCCGGGCGGCCCGGCGGGCGCCACGAAGGCCGUGGCUGCCGCGGCGCAGACGCUGCGCAACCUGUCCCACGAGCGCUCGGCCGCCGACGAGCUGGUGCGCGCCGGAGCGGUGGAGGCACUGGCGCGCGUCGUCUCGAGCGACGCCGCCGGCUCGGAGUGCGCGUGGCGGGCGGCUGCUGCCAUCUGCCAGAUCGCGGACUGGCCGGAGCACCGGGAGCGGGUGCGCGCCUCCGGGGCGGUCGCGGCUCUGGCCGCGCUGGCCGCCACCGGGCACGGCAGGUUGCACGUGCCGCGGGGCCUGUUGGAGCAGGGCGCGGGCGCGUGACUUGCGAGAGCCCUGCUCGCGAGGCGGGGACUUAUCCAUAUCCACCUCCCGCCUCGGACGGGCUCGCUGGACACCACGACGACGGGAGCUGCCGCCCGCGCGCUCGAGCGCUGCCGCGGCGGGCGCCGAGCAGGCGCCCGCCGCGCAGCCGCUCGCUCCCCAUCGAAGGACGGCUUUGUCAUGCGAGUUGGCGGUGGAAGCCAGAGAUGUCGAGCACGGCGCAGGCGGCGGACGAACGGCGCUGGAGAUGAAGAAGGUACGCUCUGUGAUCGGACGGCUCGGCGCCGGGACUGCAGCAGUGUGCACAC